CCUGCCCUCCGUUCCCUGCCAGGACCCGGCGAGGGCCCGAGCAGCACCGGUGCAGGGCUCAGCCCCGGGGCGGAGCUGGCGGCAGCGGAGAGGACAGAAGAGGAGUGGAGGUGUCAGAGAGGAGGCGGCAGGGCCGCAGCAGAGAGCCGGGGCUGAGGGGCCAGCGAUGCUCGGCGGGCGGAGCGGCGGCAUGCGGCGGUGUCGGGGCGCGGGGCUGGCGGCGCUGGCCGCGGUGCUGCUCGUGGUUGUGGCCAGAGCUGAGGUACAGCAGGAGCCGUCACUGGAGACCACCGAGGGCAGCGGCAUCAACAUCAACUGCUCACAUCCCAAAAUCCAGGGCACCGAUUGGAUACAGUGGUACCGUCAGCUCCCGGGCAGAGGACCCGAAUUCCUCGUGACCACUCUUAAAGGACUCAAGGAUGUGCCGGACAUUUCAGGAGAGCUGAGGGUGUCUGCGGAUCGGCGUUGGAGCGCGCUGUGGCUGCGGCGGCCCCGGCGCGGGGACGCGGCCGUGUAUUACUGCGCGCUGGGCGCACGGGCAGAGGAGCCGGGGCUGCGGCCGGGCACGAACCGCCGCGGGCGGGGCCGGGCGGGGCCGGGGGCGCAGCGCCGGCCGCGGCCAGCAGGGGGCGCUGCCGCUCCGCCCGCCGGGCCCCGCGCGGCCCCGCAGCUCCUUCCUGUGCCCCGAGCCCGCCCGCACCGAGCCCGCACAGCCCGGCACGCCCGGGGCCCGCACACGCUGCCAGCCCGGCCCUGCCCGCACACACUCGCCGCGCACAGCUCGGCACGGCCUCGCUCCCGAGCCGCCCUCGGCCCGACACCCAACUGCGGAGCCCCGCGCCUCUGCCAGCGCCUCUCGCCCUCCGCCCGCGCCUGCUGCUGCUCUCAGCCGCCUUUCCUAAUUCACGGAUUACUGUCACCUCAGUGCCUUCAAGGCACAACUGCACGACUCUAUGACUCAGGUCAGAUGUUCAGGGAAUUCCAGCGUAUUCGGCACAGGAAGACCAGCACUACAGCAACUGAGGACACAGCUGAGGCUGAUCCCGGACUCACCGAGCUCCAGGCAGAGCCUGAUGUCAGCCCAGAUUUAGCUGAGCACUCAGAAGACUCUGACACUGCAACAAACGCUGACAGGGCAAAUGCUGAUGUGGCAGUGAAUGAGGUUGUGGCCAUCACAAACACUGACAGUGGAGAGACUCAGGACAUCGCAGAGACUGAAACCAGCCCGGAUUCAGCUGAGCUCUCAGAAGAUUCUGACGCUGCCAUGAAUGAUGACAGGGCAAAGGCCGACGUGGCAGUGAAUGAGGUUUUGGCCAUCACAAACGCCGACAACAAAGAGACUCAGGACAUUGCAAAUACUGAGUCCACUCCCACUGUGCAUCAUGCUCCCAGGCACCCAGCCUCUGUCACCUGA